AUGGGGGACGCUGGUGCGGCUCCGAUUCCAGAAGUCACAGGGCCGCUGGGUCACCGUCAGCCUCCAGCUGAGAAGGAGCUUCCUGAACUGAGUCACUGCCACUGGAAACCCCAGGAAGAGACCCGAGUGGGGGACGAGGAGGAAAGACAACAGGGGCUCCUGCGGUGCCCCCCGCGUGGCUCUGCUGUGCUGGCCGGCCUGCAGCUGCCCGUCCCCGUGCUGCCCAGUGGCCUCCGGCUGCAGCCCAGCCUGCCGUGUGCCCAGCCCCUGCCAGGCAUCCUGCUGCGUGCCCCCACCACCCCCACCACGGCCGCGUCCACCCCGUCCGUCUGCUCCAGUGCCCUGAGCUACGAGCGGCCCUGCCUGCCCGGUCCCUGCACCGGCUCCUGCUGGCAGGUGGACGACUGCCCAGAGAGCUGCUGCGAGCCCCCCUGCCACGCCCCCAGAGGCUGCGCCCCGGCCCGCCUGACCCUCGUCUGCACCCCAGUGAGCUGUGUGUCCAGCCCCUGCUGCCCACCAGCCUGCACCAGCCCCUGCACGGCCCUGUGCUGCCAGCAGUCUAGCUGCCAGCCCUCCUGCUGCACCUGCUCCCCCUGCCAGCAGGCCUGCUGUGUGCCCGUCUGUCGCAAGCGUAUCUGCUGCACACCUGUCUGUCGCAAGUGUAUCUGCUGCACACCUGUCUGUUGCACACCUGUCUGCUGCACACCUGUCUGCUGCACACCUGUCUGCUGCGAGCCCGUCUGUUACACACCUGUCUGCUGCACACCUGUGUGCUGCGAGCCUGUGUGCUGCAAGCCCGUCUGUUACACACCUGUGUGCUGCGAGCCCGUGUGCUGUGACGCCGCCCCCUGCUCAGGCCCCUCACGCUGCCAGCCCACCCCCUGCCCCUCGUCCUGCUGCAGACCCCCCUCCUCCACAUCCCUGCUCUGCCGCCCCGUAUGCUCCCGCCUGCUGCGUCCCCGCCUCGGGCACGUCCUGCAGCUGACCGGGCACGUCCCCCCAGGGCCAGCCAGGUGCUAUGGGCCACCCCCACCUCUGCCAUUGCCAGCCACCGGCCACCCUCAGGAUUUAACCCAGCACGAGCUGCGGUCUACACCUCUACAUGAAUGUGAGCUGACCUAG